UCCUCGCGACAACAUACAGCUGUCUAGAUAGCGCCGGUAGAAUCUAGAAACGAUUAUCUAGUGUCUAUAGCGACAUAGCAUCUGUAUCUACUCACCCCUUAGUCUUCAUUGGACCAUUUCGUUAUCAAGAAAACUUACUGCGGAAAUCUGUGGAUUUUACAGUGCGUGGACGUUACCAUGAAGAUAUCUAAGACUUGAAUGCCGGUGUGCGAGUGUGUUUUACUUUUGUGUUAGUGUUGUGAUGUGUAAGUAACAAUGAGGAUUACCCCGGUUAUAGUUGGACGCUGGUGUGGAUAUGCCGCGGUCUUACUCAUCUGCAUGCCAGGAUGGACUCGACCUCAAGACCUAGGCGUUUCACCAGAGGCUGAGAUACCUGCAGAGCUGUCCAACCUGAGAGGUCCCUACUUCGACACUUCAGCCUCCAAGAAUGUGACAGCACUCGUGGGCAAAACCGCUUACCUCAACUGUCGAGUCAGGAACCUGGGCAACAGAACGGUAUCCUGGGUGAGACACAGAGACAUUCAUCUUCUGACUGUGGCCAGAUACACAUAUACCUCAGACCAGAGGUUCCAGUCGAUACAUUCCCCUCAAACUGAGGAUUGGACUCUCCAGAUUCGGUAUCCCCAACGACGAGACUCCGGGGUGUAUGAGUGCCAAGUCAGUACUACACCUCCUAUAGGCACAUCCAUGUACCUAUCUGUCGUAGAGCCAAUAACAACAAUAGUGGGUGGCCCGGACCUGUAUAUCAACAAGGGUUCAACACUGAAUUUGACGUGCGUUGUGAAGCAUAGCCCUGAACCCCCGCCUGCCAUCUACUGGACACACAAUUCUGAGGAGAUUAACUACGACUCUCCACGUGGUGGAGUCAGCGUCAUCACAGAGAAAGGUGACGUCACCACCAGCUAUCUACUUAUACAGCGGGCUACACAGGCCGACUCUGGCAAAUACACGUGCAGCCCUUCCAACGCCAACUCAAAAACUGUUGUGGUCCAUGUGCUGAACGGAGAGCAGCCAGCAGCUAUGCAGCACGGUGGCCAGUUGCGACUGGAGUACCCGAUCAGUGUGUUUCUACUAAGUGCAUCAGUCACCUUCCUAAGCUAGUGCAAGUGACAUUGAAUGAUCUUGUGCCGAUGGAACUAACCAUUCUAUGUUCCUACUUUUGACUUGACACCCAUGUUUGUAUAGAUGCUCAACUUGAAACUUAAAACCUUUUACCAAUGCUGUCGUUCUCAUCCAUUCCUGUUCUUCCGAGAACGUAAUAAUUGUCCAAGCUUUGAUGGUGAGAUUAUAUAAUAAUUAAAGAUUUCAGUAAACAACACGAUUUUACUAAGCUUGUACUAAGGGUACCUAAAAGAAUUUUCGUCAAAGUAGGAGUGUAGAUAAUGAUUGUAAAUAUAUAAAUAAGCAUUGCACUUUUGGGACGAAUUGUAUAUAUUUAUCUUUUGCCAUGAUAUUUCGUCCACUGUAAUUUAAUACGAAUAUACGAAAUUAAUCAAGUCUUAAACUGUUGCAUAGUAAGAUUUUAUUUCGAUUUAUGUAUGCGUUUAGAAAAUAUGGGAAAACAUUUGUUGAUAAAAUAAAAACUAAAACUGAAACUAAAAUAAAACUAUAGUUUGUCAUUAUCGAUACGUAAUUUAUACUUGAUCAAAACCUUAAAAAUGAUUGUUAAAUUAGUCAGAAAAUAUUCUGUUGAUUGAAAUUUAAUCAUAAUUCAAAUAAAUCCUGAAAGUGUUCCAAAUGGAAACCCAAUUGUCAAAUCAAAUAAAUCCUAAACUUAUACCAUUGCAUUAAUUUAAAACAAUUAAGGCUUUGCCAGUCUAAAAAUCGUAAAGAUGAAUUUUAAAAUUUCUUCCAACAUGAAUACGUAUAAAGUGAAAAUAGAUAUACUGUACAGAUAGCUUUAUUACUGGCCAGACUUAUUGAAAAUAGAGUUAUAUUAUUGUUGAAUGUAAUAUUAUUUGUUAUUAGAAUCUAUAUGUUUAAGUGUACAAAUUACUUUAUUGAAUAAAAAAUAUUUACAACAUUA